AUGGCGUGGUCCGGCUGGGGCAAUGGAGGUGGAGGGUGGGGCUACGGCUAUGGGCAGAAUGGCCAGAACAACUAUGCUAAUCGUGGCUCUGCCGAAAAGAUGUGUGCGCACCCAUCGUGUGGGUAUGCGGUGCCGGAGGGCGGGUGGGCAGGCGGCUUCUGCUGCAAAAGGUGCUAUGAGGCCUAUGUGGGAGGGCAGAAGCCGAUGCACGGACGACGCUGCGAAAUGAAGGAGGUGUGGGGAAAACCCCGAGCCUCAGCGGAUGCCCCGCCGGACAUGGUCCCCCUCAAUCCGCCCGCCAAGCGACCACCAGCAACACCCACACCAACACCAGCCCUACCAUGCCCGGCACCAUCCACAGCAGUAGCGCCAAAGGCAUCUACAGCAGCAGCGCCAAAGGCACCCACAACAGAAUCACCAAAGGCAACCCCGCCUGCAGUCGCCAAGGCAGAACCUGCACCCGCAAAGCCCGCAGCAGUAGCGCCUGCCAAGCCCCGCCCUCCACCACCGCCGUCCGAGACCUCGGCGCAAGCGAAGCCAGCUGCUCCUGCCAAGCCAAGCGCCCCACCAGUGUCGUGGGAGUCGCCUGUGCCCAAGCCAACUCCUCCUGCCAAGCCCAGCAUCCCACCAGCGCCGUCCAAGUCCGAGACCCCGGCGCAAACGAAGCCAGCGGCUCCUGCCAAGCCCAGCGCCCCACAAGAGCCGUGGGAGUCGCCUGUGCCCAAGCCAACUCCUCCUGCCAAGCCCAGCGUCCCACCAGCACCGUCCAAUUCCGAGACCUCGGCGCAAGCGAAGCCAGCUGCUCCUGCAAAGCCCAGCGCCCCACCACCGCCUUCUCCACAGCUGCAGUCUGAUGCAACCAAAGUGAUGUCGCCCCAGCCGCCCGGCAAUGCUGACUCCGGUAUUCCUGCAUCCGCGCAUCCAGCUGAAGGAUGGAGAUCCGCAUCCACGCACCCAGCCGAAGGAGCAGGACAAUGGCUGGGACAAGGCGAGCAGCGCUGCGCAGGCGAAGCGGAGCAAGAAGCGAAGCAGGGCGGGAGUUCCGGUGGGAAAUCCACUCUGCUGCCCUUCAAAGCAGCGCCGACGCAGUCCAGGCCAUACCUGCCGGCCCAGCCUUGUGAGCCGCCGUACAAAGCGGUGCCAACAAACCCAACCUUGCUGCAAAGCAGCAAAGACCAGCGACACGUGCUGCAAGCGGGCGAGAAGAAGGUGAGGCUUCCAGAGGAAAACUGGGCCAGCGAGCUUCUCAAGCCGCUGGUGCAAUUCCUUGGCCUGGCAGAGGAGCUGAGAGGCCAGAACAGCCUCCACUGCUGCCAGAGGCUUGCUGAGCGCUUCAACAAGGAGGUGAUGCAGCUGGCGGAGCAGCUUUCUAGCGGCGAUCGCGAGCUGGCCCGCCUCUUCCAGACAGUCGUAUCGCAGCACAUGGGCAACGCCCAGGCACACGAGGUGCGUUCUACCCCAUCGCCGAUCCUCAUGAAAUACCUUUGCUUCUGCUUGCCCUAUGACAGCUGCGCUGCCGUCCUCACGAGGGAGGAUAUGAUGCUCAAGCGCGUCAUGAUCUCCCCGGAGCCGGUGCUGGCAGGGGCCAUGCUCUAUGUGGCGAAGGUGCGCACGGCGAAUUGGUCUGCCGCGCACAGCCAGCGCUGCAGCACCCAGGCUAAUGCAUUGCAAUGA